UCUAAUUCCUCGAUUCUCUUAAGCUCAGCAUUCUCACCCUUAAGCUCGUCUUUUUCAGCUUCAAGGUUGGCAAUGCGUUGUUUCAAUAAUUCAAGGUUUGACAACAUGAUUGAUAAAACUUAUUUGUUGUCUCUCUCUUUCAAGGCGAUGAUAUAUUUUAAAUAUGAAAAUGAGUAUGAAUAAUGGACAGAGGAAAGAAAUAUCUUGUAAUUGGUUGUUGGUUAAAAAGACCCAUUUCUGCGAAAAAUCAGCACAGGAUCAAUAUUGUGCAUUCCACGCAUUCAAAAUACGAAAGGGCGUAAUAAUUCCACAACCAUGUAAAGGAUGUGAACGAGGCACCAAAUCAAGCGUUCAGCUUUGUGUCCAAUGCGGACAAGAAUCAGACAUACAUAGAACAGUACUUAAUUUACUAACUGGUCGAUGGAUCAGCCUGAAUGGAAAGCUAUUCCAGAAGUUGAUUUGCGAAGGUUACAGAUAUGCUAAUAGACUUUCGGAUUAUUUAGAAGAUAUUGGGACUAUAUGUGUUGGUGAUUUUGAGUUGGAUCCCUUAGCCGACUUCUACUAUUCAGCCUUAAUUCCGCCCUUAUCAAUCUUAGCAAGUAGAUCAGAUAUUCAUAAAAACUUCCCUAUUACUGUGGACUCUGCUGUUGAGGGUGGGAUGAGUUUAUUUAUUCUCAAAAAAAAUAAACGAUCUUCACUUCAAAACCUAAUGGAAAUGAAUUAUAGUAACCUAUUUACAUUGGUAGAGAUAACUUGGGAGCGUGAGGAGACGAAAGCUUGGAGUAAUGAUAUACUUGUGAAAUUUCUUCAUCAUCCAAAUUUGGGUCCUUCAAAGUAUAGGCCAAAUUCUUUAUAUGAUGCAUUCACCAAGACUAGUGUUUUAGGGUCAGAAUAUAUAUUAGCUUUAGCGCGAGCAUUAUGCUAAGGAUUAUGAUAUAAUAAAUUGUUUAUAGCCCUGGAAUGGCAGUUCUAUGACU